UUCUUUCAUUUGUACUUAAAAAAGUAUUUUUAGUGAACAUAGAAGUAUAAAUAAACUGAAGAAUUAGACAAAUUUGAAGCAAUUAUGAAGAGUAAUUCAGAUGAAAGUGAUUAUGAAGAUGAAAGUUUUAAAAGCUUCAACGACGAAGACAAUGUUGGGGGUGUUGGAGAAAAGGAAACAUAUUUAUCAUUUUUUAGUGAUCAUUCUGAUAGCGAUGGUAAUGAAGAUUACUAUAACAAAAAUAUUGACAAAAAACUUGUGAAAUUUAAACCACAUAACAUGUAUGAAGUUUUGUCUUGUGAACAAAAUUCAGGGGAUGAAGGUAGUAGUCAAAGUAUACAAAAUGUUUGUACAGAUAAUUCCCCAAAUUGUAAUAACAAAGUAGAAACUGGGACAAAGAGGAAAAGGUAUGUAGAUGCUCCUUAUAGCAAGAAACAAAAGAUUCAUAAACCAAAUAAAGAUGUUAUUAAUACUGAUAAAGAUGUUAUUAAUAAAGAAAGAGAUUUUGAUACAAAAAAUAAACCAGAAACAAAAAACAUUCUAAGUGGAAAUAACAAGGGUAAACGAAUGUUGGAAAAAAUGGGUUUCAUAGAUGGAUUUGGUCUUGGCAAAAAUAAGCAAGGUCGUUUAGAACCAGUUCAGGUAUCUAAACAACGUGGUCGUAGAGGUCUUGGACUUUAUGUUCCUGGACUUGAAGCUUCGAGUCUUAAGUGGAACCCUGCAGAUGAAGAAAUUAAAGUGGAAGAAGAUAUGGAAUGGGUAAAAUGUCCAAAUUUUGUUGCACCUACAUUGGAAGAAAUGCAACUUUGGUUACAAAAAGGACCUAAGAAAAUGAGUUUAGAUGAUGAAACUCAUUUUUGUCGUAAAGAUAUAGUUAAAAAUGUUAUUAAUGCAAAAACAGUAUUUGAUAACUUGGAUGCUGUUGAAAUUUGUCGUGCAAGAACUCGUAGUAAUCCUUAUGAGACAAUUCGCGGAGCAUUUUUCUUGAAUCGUGCUGCUGUUAAAAUGGCAAAUAUAGAUAGAGCAUGUAAUUUCAUGUUUACUAAUUCAGACUGUUUGGGAAAGAAUGAGCUGUUAUAUUUUGCUGAUGUAUGUGCUGGUCCAGGUGGUUUCAGUGAAUACGUUUUAUGGAGAAAAAAGUGGCACGCUAAAGGAUUUGGUUUUACUUUGAGAGGAGAAAAUGAUUUCAAACUAAGUGAAUUUCAUGCAGCACCCUGUGAAACUUUUCAUCCGUAUUAUGGACCAGAAGAUACUGGAGAUGUUUAUGAUCCUGCUAAUCAAGAAGCUUUCAAAAAUUUAAUAAUGACACACACUCACGGUAAAGGAGUACAUUUUAUGAUGUCUGAUGGAGGGUUUUCUGUAAAGGGUCAAGAAAAUAUACAAGAAAUUCUUUCAAAACAAUUAUAUCUUUGCCAAUGUUUGAUAGCAUUGAUGAUUGUGAAAGUAAAAGGUCACUUUGUCACAAAACUGUUUGAUAUUUUCACACCUUUCAGUGCUGGUUUAGUUUACUUAAUGUACCAUUGUUUUGAUGAGAUUUGUAUUUUUAAACCAAACUCUUCUAGGCCAGCAAAUUCAGAACGUUACUUAAUAUGUAAAAGUAAAAGGCCUGGCAUAGAAAAUGUUGUACAACAUUUGAAACAUGUUAAUCAUCUUCUUUUGAAAGGUGAUGAUAACAAUGAUAUUGUCCAAUUAGUAUCAUUUGAAGAAUUAGAAAGGGAAAAGCAAUUUGUACAAUAUUUACGUACCUCUAAUGAAUACUUAGGUAAAAAGCAAAUAGUAGGGCUAUGCAAAAUAGCUGCAUUUUGUGAAGAUAGUACUCUUGUUGAAACGAAACAAGCUGAUAUGCGCAGAGAAUGUUUAGAAUAUUGGAAACUUCCUGAUGAAAGUAGAAUGACUCCGAGUGUUCCUAAACCAAAAGAUAAAUUUAAUAGUCUUGUCAAAGAUUCUACAUUACUUUCUAGUAAUGGAAUAAAAUUGACGAUGGAUAAUAUUGAGACUAUGUUAUCAAAUCCAUAUGAUUACUUUUUUAUGCCAUGUGGUACUGGGCAUGAUAACGAAGAGAGGAGAAAUCCUACAUUUUAUUUGGGAAUGGGAAGAGGUAACGUGUAUCGUUACAUAAGGAAUUCGUGGGUAUCAGUUGAUGAUAUUUACAUAGAAUUACCACCAGAUACACUUGUAUAUGCUGAGGUUGUGUAUGAAAUGGUAAAGGAAUUUAAAAACCAGCAGAAAGUACGUGCUUUACAUAUUAUAGACGCUUUCAUCUUAGGAGCAGAAAAUAUUAAUCAAAAAUACUUACGGGAACGGAACGAGCUUACGAAGAAAUUUUGUGAAGCAUUGUGGAAACCAGCAGGGAGUAAUUGUGCUCGAAUCCGUGCCAAAGAACUAUUUCCAGUAGCUCCGAAUAUAUGUGAAAUGUUGCAACUAACACGACGUAAAAUGAAAAAUAGUCAACAUGCUUCGGUAAUCGAACUGUCAGACACAUUUUUAGAUUGUAGUGAAUCUAGUAAUGAUAAACCAUUUUACGUACCAAAUAGCAUGAUAUUCUUAAAAAGUACUGCGGCUCCUUGGAAUCGAUAUUUCAGUAAAACGUAUUCUAUGACAUAUGUUUUUAAUUACAAAACUAAUGAUAAAGGAUUUGAUUCUAAUAGACCACGCUCGGCAGAAGCGAAUUUCAUUGAGUCGUUUAAAAAGCGUAUUAUUUGGUAUUGGCCUCACGACGAAUCCCUUACUAUGACUAUGUUAGCCGAUUUUAUUAAAGAUAAGCUUCCUGUGUAUAAUUACAAUUUAAAAUAUUAAAGACGUAGAAUAUGUUAAAAUAAGUAAAAACUCGACAAUUAAGACUUUUAAUUGUGGUACUAUUAAUUUCUACAUAU